AUGGAGGAUUACCGAAAAUGGAAGGCCAUGGGUGAGGGUGGUACUUCCCACUCGUUAAUUGGUUAUUUGUCUCAACUUAGCGUUGAUAAGACUAGGGCGUAUGGCGCCGACGAGACAAUCAAGCCUGGUUUCUACAAUAAGCCAGAGAAACGCGCUACGGGAUGGAAGAAAGCUACGAAAGAGCAGAGGACUAACGCGACGAAAUCAUUCUUAAAAGAGCCCCUCCCAGUUAGGCCAGGUCCUCGGGCGAGAGCUUUGCCCUUUGUCUAUCCUCAGCGGGAGAGGAACGCCGCAGACCCUCAACCUCCUGAUGUCAAACAGACAUAUCUAGAUAGCUUUAAGAAGCUCGGUGAAAUCAAUGCGGAAUGUACUGAAUGGAACAUAUCAGCUAUGGAAAAGCACGGCCAAGCUCUCUUUACCAAGCCCUCGAUACCGCUUACGCCUAUAGCGGGUCCGAGUGCUCGGGAGAUCUGCCAUAUCCACGGCACUGAUCUGUCCGGACAUGUGACGCUUUCGUUCACGGAUGCGGAGGAAGUCAUCUCCAAGGGUUGGGGAGAACGGCAUCGUCUGAGCGGAACUGGCUGGAUUCAUCUCGGAUUUACCAUGCUCUAUGUGCCUAACACGGUGGAGGAAACGGAAACCUUCAUGAAGAUCUAUCAAGCUGGUAUUGACUAUAUGAAGAGCGGUUGA